AUGUCACGGAGGAAAGGAGCAGCAGCAGGAGGAGGAGGAGCUGGGCCCAUGGCGAUGGCGGCCAUGGAGGAGGAGGCAGCCGAGCUGAGGAGAGGCCCCUGGACGCUGGAGGAAGACAACCUCCUCAUGAGCUACAUUGCUUGCCACGGCGAGGGCCGCUGGAACCUCCUCGCCCGCUGCUCCGGGUUGAAGAGGACGGGGAAGAGCUGCCGCCUCCGGUGGCUGAACUACCUGAAGCCGGACAUAAAGCGGGGGAACCUGACGGCGGAGGAGCAGCUGGUCAUCCUGGAGCUCCACGCCAAGUGGGGCAACCGGUGGUCGCGGAUCGCGCAGCACCUCCCCGGCCGCACCGACAACGAGAUCAAGAACUACUGGCGGACCAGGGUGCAGAAGCAGGCGAGGCAGCUCAAGGUGGACGCCAACUCCGCCGUCUUCCGCGACGCCGUCCGCUGCUACUGGAUGCCGCGCCUCCUCGACAAGAUGUCCAUGGCCGCCGCUUCCACGGCCGCGCCGCCGCCGCUGAUGGAGCAGCACGGCCAGGGCGUCCUGUCCUCCUCGCAGUCGCCGCCGAUCGGCAGCGACCAGCUCUGCUGCUACGGGCCUGCCGCCGCCGGCUUCGACCCGAGCCCGAGCGCGUCCACGUCGGGGUCGACGGCGGCGGCCGCGCUCCAACCGGCGCCGGUGCCCUGCUUCUCCGAACUCAACUGGGAGGACCAGUACUGCUACCCGAGCGGAGGCGACCUCGACGGCGGCGCCGGCGGGAUGGAGCUGGACUCGGCGGCGCUGCUGGGAAGCCUCGGCCUCGACGGGCUGGACCUAGGGCCGGCAGAGUCGUACCUCCCGGACGCCACGCUCCUCGACUACCUCAACUACUCGAGCUGCACCGCCAACGCCGCCAUGAACAUGAUGGCGAUGAACGGCGGCAGCUACAACAACAACAGCUACUGUGGCGGCGGCGGCGCCAUGGUCGACGGCGAUCACCACGACACGACGACGGCGGCGACGACGUGCCACGCGGCGAGGAAGCUGGCGGGCGAGUGGGGAGGAGGAAUCUAG